AUGCCAAUCUGCUGGCCUUACACAUUGCUUUACUUGAGUAUUCAUAUUGUUGUCUUCUUCGUUAUUAACAAACGCUUGGUAGCUGGCCGUUUAUAUAUACCAAAGAAGAAUUUAACCAAUCAAACUGUUAUAGUUACAGGUGCAGCUUCAGGCAUAGGACGAGUUACUGCUCUUGAAUUAGCUAAACAACAAGCACGUGUUAUUGUUGGUAUACGUGGUCAAGAAAGAGCUGAACAUGUCGCUCAACAAUUAAGCAAAGAAUCUCAUGGAAACGUUAUUGGUUAUCAUCUGGAUCUAAGUGAUUUAGCAAGUGUCAAAGUAUUUGCUGAAAAGAUUGAUAAAGUUGAUAUUUUGAUUAACAAUGCCGGAGUUAACAAAAAACAUAAAGAACUGACUAACGAUGGUCUGGAAAGUACUUUUGGAACAAAUCAUAUCGGUCAUUUCUAUUUAACUCAACUUCUUCUUCCUUUACUUAUUCAAUCGAAUGGACGAAUUGUCAAUGUGAGCAGCAUUAUGCACAUCCUUGCUAAUGAAAACAUUGAUUUUUCAAAAACCAAUGCGUACAAUACUAUGCUAGUAUAUGCUGAAUCAAAAUUAGCCAAUAUCCUACAUAUUGUUGAAUUGCAAAGACGUUAUGGUGCAUCACAUAGUAAACAAUCAUUUGAUGAAGUAAUUAAAUUUCGUUGUUAUUUUGAUAUUAAAGAAGAAAAUAUAGAUAAUAAAGGAAAUUUUACUUUACCAUUUGUACUGAGAUGUUUGGAUUUACUUCUUGUUCAAGGAAGUAAUGUUCGCGCUAGUGAUACACAAUUACUUGAUCUACUUUUUUUCGUAAUAAUGAAAUGUAAAUUUGAUAGUUAUCCAUCUCCUCGUCUUUCAAUGGAUAAAAUUUUUCAAGAAUAUAAUCGAGUGCUUUUAGAAGAUAAUGAUCCCCAACAUGAUUCAUCCGAAGAAGCCCCAGGUCGAAGAAUCCGACAAUAA